AUGGAACCUAAGAAACUUGUUGAAGUGAUGAAUAUCCUCCUGGUGGGUGCCACGUGUGGUGUUUCCAUGGCCCAUGUUGUCCCCAUGUUGCGCCCGUUUCUCAAGUACGGCAAGACUCUCGAUAAAGGAGAUGCUUUACCGACAUAUGUUGGUGUCUAUGUUCCCAAACGCUGGUUUCUACACUUUUACCAAUUGCAUGUGGCUUUGAGCUGCAUGAGUUUCUUCCUCGUGUGGGUUGUUGGAGAGAAAGGAUGGAAUGACUUGCAUGUGUUGACGCUCUUCAACCUAUUACAAAGCUCGAGAAGACUCUAUGAGUGUAACAAUGUCUCCAAGUUUUCGGCACAUGCAAAGAUGCAUUUGACACACUAUCUUGUUGGGUUGUUCUUCUACAGUGCCAUCAACAUAUACCCACUCUGCUGGGCUCUUGAGGGUGAUGGUCAUCGUGUCCCCUUUACAAGGAUAAUUCUGGCAUCGUUGGUCUUUGCUGUAGCUUACAACGACCAAAUGAUGAACCACUGGUUACUUUCUAGACAAAAGAAGUACUUUUUACCUAAGGAGAGACUCUUCACUGUGGUUGUAUGUCCUCAUUACCUUGACGAAAUUGUAAUCUACCUCUCCUUUCUGAUUGUAAGGCCGGGCCUCGCCUAUUUGGUAGUUUCCGCUUGGGUUAUCACAAACCUUUCAAUAUCAGCCAACCAGUCGUGGAUGUUCUAUUUGAAACAGGGAGAUAUUAAACAGAACCAUUAUAGAGUCAUCCCUUUUAUAUAUUAA